AUGCUUUUAGGCAAUGUGACAACUGUAAAGUUUGAUUCUGAUCUCAGACACAGUCACACGGUCAGUCUAGUUGCAACAGCAGUAGAGAAAGUAGAAAAUGAACUGAGUGCAGAUGAGCUGAUCAGCAGAAGAAAUAAUAUCUCACUGCAAGAUAUGACUACUACUGCUGCAGCUGUAAGAGAUGCAGGAGAAGAAGAUGUGACAAUGAAAGCAGUGCUUCUGUGA